AUGUUUCACAAUUCUUAUCAAGGUGGUUUAUUAUCUAUAUUUUAUUCUAUUGGAAGUAAUCCUUUACAAAUUUGGGAAAAAACUACUAAAUAUGGAUGUAUUCGUAGAAUAACUGAUGAAGAUAUUCAAUCAUUUGUUGUUGAAUUAAAUGGGCAUAAUGUUAGUACAGCAUAUAUUAAUUGUCCUAUAGGUCCAAAAAAAACUUUAGGAAUAAAAUUACCAUAUUUUGUAAUGAUUGUUAAAAAUUUACAUCGCCCUUUUACAUUUGAAGUACAAAUAUUAGAUGAUAGAAAUAUGAAAAGACGUUUUCGAGCAUCAAAUUUUCAGCAAACAACAAAAGUAAAGCCUUUUAUAUGUACAAUGCCUAUGAGACUUGAUGAAGGAUGGAAUCAGGUACAAUUUAAUCUUUCUGAAUUUUGUAAUAAAGCAUAUGGUACAAAUUAUGUUGAAACAUUAAGAGUCCAAAUUCAUGCAAAUUGUCGGUUACGAAGAAUAUACUUUUCUGAGAGAUUAUAUACAGAAGAUGAAUUACCAAAUGAAUUUAAAUUAUUUCUUCCAAUAAAGAAAAGUCUUCAAAUAUUUAAUGAGAAAAUAGAUAAUUAUGGAAAUGAUGAUGAUAUUGAGUCAGUAGAAAAUGAGAAAAAAUAA